GUUUAGAUUCAAACAAUGUUUAGAUUUUGAAAUUUUCUCUUUUCAGAUUUUCUGAAAAGUUCGUUCAUGAGUGUUCACUAUUCCAUUUCCUCAUGUUCUUCUUUUAAUCUUGGCUUUAGGCCAAUUUCUUUUUUCUUUAAGUGAAAUGUCACUAAUCUUAAUCAACUUUACAGUUUCGAAAAAGUAAAAACUGAUCACUGGUUAUCCAUAAAACUCUUAACAAUUUCAACUCAUUUUUUUUUCUCACUUUUUCUCUCACAUCCUCAAUACGCUACAAAGAAAAAAAAGUCAAUAUGGUUUCUUUGAAAAUCUUAUCAUCGAUUCAUCUUAAUCUGGUUCACAUCUUAUUUCAUGUUUUCUUCAUGUUAAAUUGCCUUCUCACUGAAUCAUCUUCAUCCUCGGUCAGAACUUUAUCCUUACUCUCAUCAUUAUCAUCACCAUCAUCUUCAUCAUCUUCAUUGAAUAUUAGUGAAAAUUGUUUCCAAUCAUUGAAAAGUUACUUGGAUUACAAUUCAAACCAAUCAACAGUAUUUUCGUCACCAGAAUCAAGUUUUCAUGGACAAUUUUCACCGAUUCUGUUGAUUAAUAAUCUUCGUUUAAUUGGUUCAUAUGAUGAAUGUCUCGGAAUCAAUUUCAAUUCUGUUGAUCAGAAUAUCUCCUUCUUUGGAGUCUAUUGCAGAUCGAAACUUAAAAUUUCAAAUAUUAACCCUUUGAUUGCCAAUGAAUCUCAGCAAAUAUCAAUGGAGUUGUGUGCACCUUCAACAUGUUCAUCUUUGGAUAUUAAAAGUUUAUUAUCAAAUCAGAAUGAAGUUAUUGAAGUUGAGACAAUUUCUUGUCAUGGUCAAUCAGUUCAAGUACUCGAUGCCUCAGAUAUAAUCGUUAUUUGUAUCUUAAUUAUUCUUGGAUUACUUACCGCACUUGGAACUUGUUUGUCCACUUAUUUCCGGUUAUGUGGACAUAAACCUUUCAGAAAACGAGCUAAAAUAUUGAUUGCAUUUUCUGUUUAUGAAAAUUCAUUGAAACUCAUGGACACCAAAGUUUCCGAGAAAACGAUCCGCUGUUUAUUUGGACUAAGAUUUUUGGCCCUUUGCUUUAUCGUUCUAGGUCACACUUAUUCCUAUCAUAGUCGCAUAUCCAUAGUUGAUCCAGAAUCGGUUCGAAGUGGAAUCAAGAAACUCUGGUUCCAAGUAUUUCUCAAUUUUACUCCGUGGGUUGAUACCUUCUUCCUGAUUAGUGGAUUAUUGGUUUGUUAUGGAGGAUUAAAUAGCUUUGAGAAAAUACAUACACGAAUAACUGAUGAUCAAUCAAUGAUUCAAUCCAUUGGAAACUUUGUCAAAACAAUUUCCUCAUCAAUAGCUCAUAGAUAUUGGAGAUUAACUCCAACCUUGGGAUUCAUCAUUUGCAUCUACAUAGUUUCAGGUAAAAUCGGAUCUGGACCCGAAUGGAGUCUCAUGACGAGCAUAAGUGAUCCGUGCAAACAAACCUGGUGGAAGAAUCUUAUUUAUAUCAACAACUUUUUCUCUUCCAAUGUGUGCAUGGGACAUACUUGGUAUUUGGCGGAUGAUUUUCAAUUUUAUAUCUUCUCCACGAUAAUACUUGUCUUUUUAUCUUCAAGUGUACCUUUCAUUGGAUUCUCCAUAACUGGCUCAGCGAUUUUCGCUUCUAUCGUGGCGACUGCGGUGAUCACUUUUAUCACUCAUUCGUCGGCGACUACGUUAGCAGUUCCAAUAAUAAGUGGAGCUGUUCAAACGAUUGAAGAAGUUCAUCUUUACGUUUGGCCUUUUUUCCGAAUCGGACCUUUUCUCAUUGGAAUACUUCUUGGUUAUUUUAUGCUUAAACAUGGAGAUCUUGUAGUUUCAAAGAGAAUCAAUUUGGCUUUGUGGUUCUUAUGUUUAUCUACGGUCAGUGUAAUCACCAUGGCCUCUUAUCGAUGGGCUAAUGGUCAUCCAGCGUCUCUUUUUGAAUCAGUUGUCUACAGUUCGUUACAUCGUAUCAUUUGGUCGAUAUGUUGGUCUUACAUGAUUGUUUCAUGUCACUAUGGUCACUGUCCACUUGUUAACGGGAUUCUGGGCUGGAGUGCAUUCAUACCUUUAGGAAAAUUAACAUAUCAUGCAUAUCUAAUUCAUUUAUUAUUUAUUUACAUUCACAUUUCAGCAAAUCGAUCAAUUAUUUAUUUCUCUCAUUACAACAUGUUUAUCCUUUUUCUAGGCUAUUUGACAAUUUCUAUGAUUUUUAGUUAUGUAUCUGCGAUCCUUUUUGAAUUACCUUUCGCUAAUUUGAAAAAUAUUUUUUGGCCUGAAAAACCUAAAGACUGCGAACCCACGAACGGCCAUUUAUCCGCAAGCCAAUCAACUUGCCAUUCGAAUCACUAUCAAAGUGAAACAAUUGACGAUCGAGUUGUUAAUCUAUUUCCUGCCAAAAAUGUGACACAAAACAACAACGUUUCGAGUAUUUUGGUCUAUUAGGCCAAUUAACACGAUUCGAAAAGAAAAUAAAACUUAUCAAGUUUUUCUUUUAGUAUUCUAAAGUAACAAAUGUACCAUAAAUUGUAAUAAAUUAUAAUUAACAUCUUAA